GGGUCUUACUGAUAUGUGUCAGAGUGGAUUACAAUACUAUACAAUAUGUGUUCCUUGAAUAUCAUCUUCAAAGUUCUAAAUAUCUUAUCAAAAAUCUCAUUGAUUUACAUCUCAAGAAUGUAUAUAUUUAAAUGUUACAUUCAAGGAGAGAAGCAUAUAAGACAGUAAAUUGUUGGAAAUACUGGUAAGCGGUCACAUUUACACAGGACUGAAAACCAGUUAGUUCAAGUUGAAAUUGUUGAAUAGACAGAACUUUAAAGAAAUGCAGUAAACCUGAUUGCUUGAAUAGUUUACUAGUGAUAUCUUUGACAUGAGUGAAGAGGUGAAUAGGGAAUUUAGUUCCCCUGUUGAUUACUGACUCGGCCUUUCUGCCCAUUUCCUUUAUCCAAACUUUGCUUAGUGGUAAUUAUCUUAAGUAUAUGACUCUGGCGAUUCAUUUCUAAUGUCGACCUUGAGAGUGAUUGGUCACGUAUAUACACUUGACCAAUCUCGGUUAUUCCAUCCAUCUACAUAUACGAUGAUUCACGCGAUUCAGUCGUAUUGUGCAACUGUAUGGAACAGAACACAAAGUUUGAUACUUACUGCCCGUAUAGAUUUCAGGCGGUCAUAUUCAUCUGUGUGUACAUAAAAAUGGAUUGAUUUCACUCAACAUUCAGUGAUUAUUUCCAAACUGUAAGACAUGGAUGAAUGAAUGACGGUGGAGGGGGUCAAUCGAAAGCUGUUGAAUGGAGUAAGGCAUACAAUUAUGUCAUCAUUUCGGUAAUCCGUACACGUAAUACACUAAAUACACUGGAGACAGGUUGGACACAACACUCACAUAGUAGUUAUGUAAACAUUAGUACUGAUAAUUAUUUUUACUUGUAAUAUCCCAAUGCUAUUAAUCGGUUGAAUUGCUCUACCCUAGGCGGGUAGAUGAGCCCCUACAUAGAUAUAUGUCUAUACUUCCUCUGAAUACUCAUAUUAUGCUAUAGUUUAGUAGGUGGCUAGCAUGGAAUACCAGGAGUAUAUCAACGGGAAAUCACUAGUUUCAGUCAACAGUGCCUCAGUUGCUUAGAGGAAAUACGCUUUGGUAUUUAAAGCGAUGUGUGUUAGGUUCCAAUCGCACUGGGAACAUCAUAACUUAUUAGGGUACAGGUACAUUAAGCUGAUGAGUUUCAACCAAGACGAAAUGAGCCUACUGAAUAGUAGUAAUAGUAACACUAACAGUAGUAAUGGUAAUCAAGGUGACUGAACUCAGUGGGUGAAUUCGCGUAAAGUGCACACACACUUUCUAAAUGCCUACGCGCAUAAACACAUCAUACAAGCACAGUAAGACACAUUUAUCUUGUACACUAUAUUCAAUAAAAGUAAUUACAAUGUAACAAGGAAGUAAGGUGUCAUAAAAUUAUAUCUUGUGCACUAAAACACAUUGAGCUAUUUUAUAUUCAUAAGUUCAUAUAAUAUAGGAUGUACUUGAUAAUUAUGUGUCCUUAGGAAGAUAUCUGAGUGAUCUAUAGUUGUGUGCCUAUGUGUGUGUGUGUAUGUGUCUGUGUCUGUGUACAGAUAUGUAUGUCUGUAUGUCUAUGACUGCUGGAAAUCUUUGUGCUGUAUAUGUUUAUAAUAUGCAUUUAUUAUUAUGGUAUACACAUUUAGUGUGUCUAUCAAUGCACAACAAUUCUGAUUCGCUAUACUUGGCAUUAUUGUGGCUAUUAUGACAAAAGGUAGUAUGCUAACGAACUCACCUCUGACUUACUCAUGAUGCUAUGUAGAUAAAUAGGUAGCAUAGUAAGUGUAUGUACGUGUGUAUGUGUGUGUGUGUGUGUGUUAUUGUGCGUCUGUACUUAGAAUAAGAAUAGUUUAUAACGUUGUAUCAUACAAGUUUGUUGACAUUACUAAGUACUCAUCAUCAUCAUCAUCAAAAUCUUCUCCAACAUUUGCUACUUCAUAAUUCGUAUAUAAUUACACUGGUAUUGCUGUUUGAUAAGUAAUCCAGGAAAAAAAAUUCUGUUUGUAUAAAUAACACUAUCAGUUUAGGCGUCAAUUCUGCCUUGAUAUAAAUUACCUCUGACACUGGAUCAUUCUAUUUGAAUCAUACACUAACAGAAAAAAUCAAACUAGGCAUCAAUAUACACAUACACACAACAACAACACAAUGAAUCCUUUAAACAAUCUCCUAUAUGAAUUAUUCAAUAAACAUUUGAAUCAUAAUGAUCAUGAUGAUAAAGAUAAUAAAUAUUCAAUGUCCAAUGAACCGUUUAUUGAACAUUUAAUCUCUAUGGGAAAGUUACUAAGACAAAUGCGUACAGACUAUACUCAGCUACAACAGGUUACAAUAUUCAAUUCUCUGUGUCAAUCACUUUCUUCAAUGAAUUUUGCGCAAAUAAGCCAAUCGAAUCCAGAAAAUGUGUAUAGUUUCUUAAAUAUCCUACAGGCUGUCCAAUCCCCAUUCACUUGUCUAACUGAUAAGUCAUAUGUACAAUUUCUUAUGCACUAUCUGACCACUAUUCAAAUAUAUCGUGAUCAGUUGACCAAGUCUACAGUGAAUACUGAUUGUAGUUUAGAACAAGCUGAAGAUUUACGCAUAAAUGUCAAUAAAGAUCGUGAUUCAAUAGAUGAUAAUUCAAGACACUUUUUGUCACCAUUAUCAACAGUAUCUUCACAGUUUUCAUCAGCAUCUAGCCCUAUACAGCCUCCAUCUUCAACAAUAUCAUUAACUUUAUCAUCGUUAUCAACACCCUCACAAUUGAUUAGUGAUUGUCAAGAAGAUUCACUUAUCAAUCCUUUUCAAAACAGUCGAAAUGAUUUCCAGUUACAUAAAUUAAAUAUGAAGUUAUCAAAUCGAACAGUCAAUUCUUUGAUAAAUAAUGCUCCAUUGAAUAAUUCAUAUCCUCUUGGGCAUUCAAUGCAUUACCCAUUUCAUCAAUAUCAACAAAAUAACCCAUUGAUAUUGAAUAAAAUUCCAUCAUUUGAUGAAAAUUCAUUAACCACACCGAUAAAUAAUAGUAGUAACAAUCAUAAUAAUAACUACGAUAUUCAUCCAAUGUUCAAUGAUGAACAGGUUCAAUGUUCAAGUGAAUCAGUCGCCUGUCAACAUUUCAACUUUUCAACCAAUGAUAAUAUUGUAAAUUCGAGUAAGAAUAUUGAGCUGGACAACAGUCAACUUCAUCAUGAACUGAACUCUUCACAUUUUUCUACAUUAAAAAACUCUACAGAUAAAAUAUUUGGCAAUGUUUUAAGAAAACAGCGAAAUAGAUCUCGUAAAUACAUUAGAUGUACAAGAAGAAAUGCAGAUCCUAAACUUUCACUACAAACAGACUCACUUCAAUCAAGUAUGAAUGGAGAGACAACCGUUUUAGAUGGAUCCAUCUCAACUGAUUUACUUCUUACAAACUGUUCGCUAUCUUUAUCCUCUUCACUGUCAUCAUCAUCAUCAUCAUCAUCAUCGGCGUCAUCUUCAUCGGCAGCUUCAUCUCCUUCCACGUGUUCCACUACACAAGAAAAAUUAUUCAAUUUGAAGUCCCGUUCAUUCUCAUUGAAACGUUCUCCAUUUAAAUUAUCACAAUUUUUAUACCAUCUACUCAAUAAAUCUGAGUAUAAUCCACAUUUAAUCUGUUGGGUAGAUAAAUCACAGAAUAUGUUUAAAUUAGUGAAUAGUGCAGCAGUUGCUCAUCUCUGGGGUCUACACAAGCAUAAACCGAAUAUGAAUUAUGAAACAAUGGGUAGAGCACUUAGAUAUUAUUAUGCACAGAAUAUCCUACGCAAAGUGAAAGGGCAACGUUUAGUUUAUCAAUUCCUGGAAGAUUUUCAUAAAUCUCAUUAUCCACCUUCUAUAUCAGUUAUACCGGGAACAAUUGUUACAACGGAUACAAUGACGAUAACAGCGACAACAUCAACAACUACUGGGAUAACAAUGAUACCUGGUGUGGUUAAAACAGACCUAUCGAUUGGAGAAUAUACAAAUAUCAAUAAUCCAUUACAACUAACACCCAUAAAUUAACUUACAUGACAAUAAUCAAGCGUUUUAUCCAGCAAUAAAAGCCUAGGCACCUCAUCAUCAUUAAUACAACUUCCACUUAUAGGGAAUAUGUUAGUUAAUCAUACUAAUACUACUUACUAAUAACAAUGUUAAUGGUAAUAAUAACAUCUCAGAUAAGAUGUACCGCUAGUAAUUUGUAUGAAGCAGUUGAAAUGUACGCUUUAUCAAGUUUUCUACACAUAUUUGACAUAAUUGUAUAUUUUUAUAACCACAAUAAAUAAACGUGAAUAAUCUAUAAUGUAUAUGAUAUUCUUAGUA